CCAGCUUUGCUUAAAUAAAGAAGUCAUCGUAAUCUCUAGCAAGUGAUCAAAAGCAAAACCACUUCCUCCUCCUUCAGUCAUAAAUGCAUGAUAGAAGUUGCCCCCAAGCCUUUCUCGCAGUGCUUGGCCUGGAGACUCCCAGUGAGCCAAUCUACUCCCUCCAUUGCCAUGGCCACACCACCUUCCCGUGCCAGAAGGAAGAGGGUGUGAUGUUUCUCCUGCAUGCCUCCAUCUCACUCAGCUUCUUGCUGCUUCUCAUCCACCUCUCCUCUUUGCUCCUCACCAAGCUCUUCACCUUUCUCCAUCAUCGAGCCAUUUCCAAAGGCCAAGGGGAUGUUCAGCUCACUGCUCUUCAACAUGAGAACGAGCCCGUAUCGGCCUCCGACGAGCACUCCGAGAAGGAUGGCUUGGUCGCCGACGUGGUUUGCAGAGGAGACCAACUUUUCUUUUACAGGGAAAGCAGUGCCAGGGAUUCCCUACUUACCGAGCAAGGAAAAGAUUCCAAUGAGCAGCAUUCCUUGGAACUAGAGGAUACCUUUGUUUCGGAAUCUCUGCACGGUUUCCCUCCAGAGAAUCCCGACAAUGAGAAUCUUGGAAUCGAGUCCGGUAAUGAUCUGAUAGCCGACGUGCUAACACCAUCGGAUUGCCCAAGUCCAAUCAUUUUGGCAUCGGAGAAUGUUGCUUGCGAAGACAGAAGUCAUGAAAAAGAAACUCAGAAUCACGAAGAGAAGAAUUUUUGGGAGGACGAGAAAUUCCCUGUCGUCACCAACUCUGAUUUAUAUAGCAAGACGUCGUUCCGGGUUGAGGGAGUCCAUGAUGAUAAGGAAAAUUUUGGUGGGUCUCUCACCGGCGAGUCGACGUCGAAAAGCUCGAUUGAAUGGAGAAGCUCCGCAAUCCUCAGGGAUUCGGAGACGGAAUAUCCCUUCUCGUCUUCAUCCCGGAGGAGCUCUUCCAACUGGGAAUCGUAUACACUGUUCCGCAAGUACGACGAGGAGAUGAUGUUCUUCGACCGGGUCAGUGCACAAAAACUGAGCGAAACAGAAUCGCUGAGGUCUAUAAAGUUCCAACCAAGAUCAAUUUCUGAAAGGAUAGUUCACAAAUUAACGGUGAAAAAUGAGAACAUAUCAAGGGAAGGUAGGGAUCCGUAUUUGGAAUUGGAGAGUGCUUACGUGGCUCAGAUUUGUUUGACAUGGGAAGCUCUUAAUUGGACUCAUGCUAAUUUCCGGCGAGUGCAUUCCAAUCGAGACACGGAAGGUUACUGCUGCCCUGCACGAAUCGCUCAGCGGUUCCAGCAGUUUGAGGUCCUGCUGCAACGUUUCAUAGAAAAUGAGCCUUAUGAGCGCGGACGAAGGCCUGAAGUCUACGCCCGGGUGAGGAUUUCCUCUCCAAAGUUGCUCCUAGUUCCAGAAUUCAAAGAUUCAGAGGCUGAUGAAGGUAAAGAAGAAAUGAUUUCAUCUGCUGAAUUUUUAAAGAUAUUGGAAGAUGCGAUCCGGACCUUCAUGAAUUUUCUCAAGGCCGAUAAGGAGAGCUACUGCCAAACUUUGAAAGCACUCAUAAAGAAGAAAUCAAGAUCGGUUGAUCCAACUCUUCUUCGUUUGCUCAAGAAAGCUAAUAAAAAGAAGAAGAUGAGGCUCAAAGACCUUGGGAGGCAGCGGAGAUGUCUGAAGAAGCGGAGGAUAAAACAUGAACAGGAGAUGGAGAUACUGAUGAGCCUAAUAGACAUGAAGGUCGUUUCAAGGGUUUUAAGGAUGCCUAACAUCAGUGCGGAGCAGCUGCAUUGGUGUGAUGGUAAGAUGAGCAAAGUGAGAGUUGGGAAUGGGAAAAUAGAAAGAGAUUCCUCCCCACUAUUUUUCCCCGUUCGCUGACCCUACCCUUGUAUAAUCUACUUUACCUUUAGGUUGCUUGAUGACUAGAUAAAGUACUAGGAUAUGAGAAUAUGCAUCUCCAACCUUCUCUAUAAAAGCAAAUCACUAUAAAGAUAUGGAAAAAUAAGAGGUCACAUCUAAACAUGGCUGCAUGUGAUGACAUGGAUUUUGAGGAUUUGGAAGGCAUGCUGUUCAGAAAAAGGUGAAAGGCGCAGGAUUUCUUCAUGAGCAUUGAAGGACAAAGUUAAGAAAAAAAGCGAAAGGCAUGAGAGUGAAAGGAGGGGGGAUAGAGACGAGCACAACUUUAGCUUUCUUUUGCUUUGCGAGGGGGAUUUGUAAUUGUGGGUGGGUAAUGGCCCUGAACAUGGGUUUUAGAUUAAAAGAAGAUGAGGGCAAACUAGAAAUCAGACGUCUAUAUAAAGCAUGGAAUGACUUUGUAAAGAUUUUGGAGAUUCUGUCUCAUGCGUCAUCCAAAGUAUUUGACUACACAACUUUUGUGCCUAGUCAGAGCAGAGUUUAUGGCCCUCAAGUCCUAGUUAAACAUAUCCAUGGGACAGCAUAUUUGGAGGAAAGAAAAGGAAUAGUUUAAGUUGA